CGCUGAGACACCGAAAUGUCUCAGAGCUGACAUGGAUACAUAUAAAAGGACAUCGGAUCUCGAAUAUAAAUUUAUAAAAUUCAGUCAUCAGCUCAAAAGCCUCAAUCUUAACAAACACCGCUAUCAUUCUACUCCUAAAUUUAUAACUAAACUUAUAAUAACUAGUCAAAUUCCUCUAAACAACUUAACUACCCCCUUUCCAUCAUGACUUCCUUCACAGUCUACAAAGGCUCCAAAAACGGGGUCACUAAGAGCUCUGCCACCAAGCCAGAGAACCUCACUGGGGACAAGGUAUUAUUGAGAAUAACGGCGUCUGGAUUGUGCGGUACUGAUCUCCACUCGUUACACGAUGACGUUAUCCUCGGCCACGAAGGCGUCGGCAUCGUCGAGGCCGUGGGUCCAGAGGGCAAGCACCUGAAGAAGGGCGACCGCGUGGGCUUCGGCUAUCAGCACGACAGCUGUGGCAACUGUCGGAACUGCCUGACGGGGAACGAGACCUACUGCGCGGACCGCGCUAUGUACGGCACCGAUAAGGUCGACCAGGGAAGCUUUGCUUCUUACGCCAUCGUCCGCGAGGCGUUUCUGCAUAAGAUCCCGGAGGGCAUGAGCGAUGUCGAUGCUGCGCCCCUGCAGUGCGCGGGCGCUACGGUGUUUGCUGUUCUGCAGGCUUAUAAUACGCGGCCUACUGAGACCGUUGGUGUCGUCGGACUAGGCGGCCUCGGCCACCUAGCGAUUCAAUUCGCAGCCAAGAUGGGAAACCGCGUCAUCGUGCUAUCAGGCUCGGACAGGAAAAAGGACCAAGCGAUGAAGCUAGGAGCCCACGAGUUCGUCUCCACCAAAGGCAAGGACAAGCUCGAGGUAUCGACGCCGAUCGACCGGCUGCUCGUGACGACGUCGGCGCAGCCGAGCUGGGAGCUCAUCCUGCCGAUCAUGGCUCCGGGGUCCGCGAUAUACCCGCUCUCCGUCGACUCGGGCAACCUCGAGAUCCCGUACAUACCGCUGAUAUUCAACGGCAUCGGCGUGCAGGGGUCGCUCGUCGCGUCGCGGAACGUCCACCGCGAGAUGCUCGCGUUUGCGGCGCUGCACGGCAUCCGCCCGAUUACGGAGACGUUCCCUAUGACGGAAGAGGGCGUCAGGGAGGCGAUUGAUAAGUUGGAGCGCGGGGAUGUGCAUCUUAGGGCGGUGUUGACUGCGGUGUAGGUAGUUGGAGGCUCGUUGUUGCUAGACGGCUGGGGUAUUUGAUACAUAAAAAGGCAUAUAUAGAUACCUAAGAGGUAUGCAUGAACUUGGCGCUGGUUAGAGGAAAAUAAAUAGAAAUUGGAAAGGAUGGAAGAGUUAAUUGGGGGGUUUAGAGUAUAAAAAUUUAAAUGGAAG